UUUUAAACAGCUAAUAAUUUUGAAUUCCCAGUUUUUUUUUCAAAUGGGAAUGCUUUGAAACACACUAUUUUGCAAUCCGUAAACCAAUUUUACUGAAUAGUUAUUGCAUGCCAAUAAUGAGAAAGAAACCAUGAACGGGACACUUAUACCACAUACACCAAUUGCUGUUGACUUUUGGAAGAUCCGAGAAUGUCCACAUGCUAGGAUAUUCUUUCUAACACAUCUUCAUGGGGACCAUAUCACAGGCCUGACCUCUUCAUGGAGCUAUCCUAUAUAUUGUUCUGAGAUAACUGGCAAGUUACUGGUUCAGAGGUAUGGCAUUAAGGAGGACCUUAUUCACACUAUGCAGACUGAGAGUGCAGAGAUAAUUUAUCUGGACAAUGAGCAAAAAGAACAAAUGACAGUGACUGCAAUAGAAGCCAACCAUUGUCCUGGGGCUGUCAUGUUCCUUAUGCAGGGAUAUUUUGGUACCAUUCUACAUACAGGAGACUUCAGAUACCAUCCAGAUAUGAUAAACCAGUCUAUCUUGUCAGAGUUUUCAGGUAGAGUUGACAUGUUAUACCUUGAUAAUACCUAUUGUUCUCCUGGCUGUGUGUUUCCUACAAAGGAUGAGGCUACUAACCAAAUCAUAGAAAUUAUUGAAAAACAUCCAAAUAAAGAUGUGCUGAUAGCAAUGAGAAAUCUAGGAAAGGAGAGUCUGCUCUGUAAAAUUGCAAUGCAUUUCCAGGAAUGGAUUUCAGUACCUGACAAGUUUUAUAAAACGCUGGAAAUUCUAGAAGCUCCUGAUGUAUUUAGUACAGAUUCUGCCAGUCACAGGAUUCGUAUUGUGCCUUUCCAUAAAAUUAGCAACAGGUUUGUAGAGGUGGUAAAUCAAGAGCAAGAAACAAUUGUUAUAUUGCCAACAGCUUUAUACCGUGGGAUAGAAGCUACCCCAUAUGAAAACAAUGAUAAAGUUUUUGUUGUGCCAUACUCAGAUCAUAGUUCAUAUACUGAAUUGAAUGAAUUUGUUUCACUAAUCAAACCAAAGAAGAUAAUUCCUAUUGUAAAGAGCAACUCAAGAGGUCCUUUUGGAAUAAGUGUAGCAGAUAGAGCUGAUAUGGCAUGUUUUGACAAAUUUACCUCAAGUGGGUGGACUAGUAGGAUUGAAAUACCAGUUUCUGUCCAGGCUUUUAUGUACUGUAAAACUUCUAAAGUCUUAGCUGUAGAGAAGAAUGGACUAAAGAGGAAAACGAAACUUAAACCACCAACAAAGAAAGUGAAAAGAGGAAUUGAUUAUGAUAGCCCAUUAUCUACAGCCAAACACAACAAUGAACAUCCAGCAUCAGCUUCUAAACAAAAAACUCAGCAAAAAGUAAAGAGUCCUUUAUCAUCAUCAAAACAAAAAGAUAAGGAGUAUAGCUCUAAAGAUGACAAAGAAAAUUCAAAUAACUUGGGUAAAGAUUCAAGUCAUGUAAGACAAUUACUGUUUGAUCAGGUUGCAGUGAAACGUUCAAAAGUUGAUUGUAUCAAGAUUCAAGGAGAAGAAAGAAUCAAAACUGCAAAGACAGAAAAGAUAACUGACAAAAAUAGAAAUGUAAUAAAUAAUAAUUCAGAAAAACUUGAGCUGAACUUGAGGCAGCAAGGUGAAAAUCAAAAGGUUAAACAACUAAAAGUCAACAAUGAAAGUUCACACGAUAAUCUUACAAAGGGAAAAGAAGGAAUUGAUAAAGGAGUUUGUAGAGAAGUCAGUGGAAAUCAGAAUAGAAAAUACACAAUUAAAUCACUGGGCAAGAAGCCUGCAGAGAAGUUACCUCUACAGUUUGUUUGUUCAAACAAAGAUUUAUCAUUUGACAAUGUGUUCGGAAUGAGAACCUAUAGUAAGACAAAUAAAAGAUUCAGAAGUUUUAAUGAUAUAAGUACAUCAAUGACAAAUGAUAUUGAGGAAGACAGUAAAAUGAGUGAGACGGCCAAGUGGGUUCUGGAAAGCUCACAAUUUACGGAUAAUCUUGACAUGCAGAUGGAUAAAUUGUCUGAUGAACAAAGUGAAACUGAUAUUUCAAUAUUGAACAAAGGAAAAGGUGGCAAUGAAAAAGGAUUUACUGGUAAAAAUGCCAGUCCAGGAUAUAAAACAAAUGAAAAAGUGAAAAAUGGCAGAAAAAAGUAUGCAGACAAUGGGAAAUGUGAAAAAACUAAAAGGAAAAGUGACAAAAAGGAACCUAUAAGUGAAAGGAUGAGAAUUGAUGGUAAAUUAAAAAGGUCAGAUAGUCUCAAGCAGACAACUUUGUCACAGUAUGUCACUGAAACAAAAGGUAAAGCUAAAUCUAAAGCAGUGGCAUCAACAGAUCAGGAAAUUUAUUUUGCUACAAAAUUGUGUACAGACUCAGGAAAGAUGGGAGAAUCAUUGUCUGAGGAGGAAAAUGUUAUAAAAGGUGAAAUUAAGGAAAUUGAGCCAGCAAAAGAUUGUGAAAGAGACAAUAAUCUUGUAAUUUGUUCUGAUUCUGAAAACGAAAAAGAAUUUUUACAGCAAAACAUUGUAAAAACAGACCCUUUAUUGGAAGAACCUGCAAACAAAGGAGAUAUUAGCAAGUCAAAUGAAAGAAAUGUUAAUUCACGCAAAGAAAAUGAUAGCAAAGCUGAAGCAGAACUGUUUGAUGAUCUAGAUUCAUUCAGUGAAUCGGUAGUUGCUCAGGCUGGUACUCAAGUAUGCAAUUUGAAUGUCAGUAUUGGUAAUAGAUUAACUCAAAGACGUAAAAUGAAGUUUAUUGUAAAAGCUAAAGACAAAAAAGGAAAUUGCGAAGAUGAAAGGAAUCAAGUUACAUGUGCAGAUGAUCCAGAUGUUGGUAAUUAUACUGCAAAUGACAGAGCUCAGCAUAGAAAUGAAAUUGAGAAAAGAGAAAAACCUGAAUUAUCAACAGUACACAGUGCUAGUCAAGGUGAUGAAGAGGGAAACUCUUCAACCUUUGUUAGCAAAGGUUCUCAACACAGGUCUACAGUUACAGAGGGAAUCAAAAGUACAAUUUCCAAGGUUGAUUCAGAACUAUUGGCACGUUCAAAUUGUACUACAAAUAUGUCCAUACUUGUAAAUAUAGGAAGUCAAAAGGAAGCCAGGACUUCUUCAUUUGUUGAUCAAACAGCAGAAAUGGAAACAAACUUUAGUCCAAGCAAAACUCAGACUCAUUAUUGUCAUCAAAACACAAUGGUCAAAGAAGUUCAGGAACAUAUAGUCAGGCAUUGCAGAGAAUGUGAGCUAGAUGCAUUUAAAUAUGUGUUUGAUAAGAUAGAAAAUGAAGAGUUAAAUCAAGUACUUGAUGGAUCUUCAAGCAAACAAUAUGAUGCUAAUCAUGAUAUAACCAAAAAAAGAAAAUACAAUGAAAAAUUUAAACAAAUAGCCUUUAUAGUCAAACCAAUUAAUGCAAUCUAGCAUAUGGGGCUUAAAGAAACACUUUGUUAAAUGAUGAUUGUAUGAAAAAGAUGUUUUAGAUAACAAAAAUAUUGUUAAGUGAACAUAAAGUGAUUCAAGGCAGCAUAGUUCACUUGCACUCAUUAAAAAGAUACAUAAGAUAUGUCACAAUUUGUAAAGGUAGAUCAGCUAGAUUUUAGCCGUGGGCUAGAAAUAUGGUGUUAUAUGGAGUAAAUUCAGCUCAGUUUUCAAUAUAAUAUUAGUUAUAUUUUUGACAGAAUGGUAUGGCGGUAUAUAAACAGUUGUGUGGAAAUAUAACCCAAGUUGCUGAAUAACAGUUUAUAUAAGGCCAUAUAACCUGUCAGGCAUCUUUAUAACAAAUUUAUAAUAAGCAAAGUUCUUUCUUAGAGGAAAACGAGUGAGAUUUCUUAAAAAAUUGACAACAACUGUGUAAAUCAAACUAUAUAAAUGUCAUGAUUGUUCAAUGAAAAGCAACAUUGCAAAAUACAGUAUUAAUAGAGGAUAUUAAAUGUGUGUAGGUUUAAUACUAAAUUUUAUUGAAAAUGUUCAAUAAAAUCAUACUAUUCAAGCCUCUGGCAAGCAUAACAUUGUUUUAUUCAAUGAGUUCGAUAAAUUAAGUAUUCAAAUAUAUAUCAGUUUUAAAGUAAUCUACCUCAGACUUCAAAUAUAUAUUUCUUACAUUACACACGUUGUGUGACAAGGUUGAUAACUCCAAGGUCAUAACUGACUAUUUCAAGAGUUGUUCCCCUUGAACUUGGAAUUUAUGUUAACAAAUGUUAUUUUUUUACUAUAAAUUCUUGUCAUAUGGAUAAGAAUUAUAAAACGCAAGCACCUGUAUUCCCAUAAUAAUCUCCAUUUAAUUUUGGAAGUAAGAAUUAAUUUGUAAAAUGAUUUUUUUUAGUAUUAUCUUUGUUAUUAUAAAUUGUAUCUACUCUAGACUUAAGAGCCAUACAUGAUACUGAUAGAGGAAUUUAUUUAUAUCUUAAUUGUUUUUUCUUUUAUAGUUUUGUCUUCCCUACUGCAUCCAGUAUUUAAUUAGUUGAGCUUUGUUGUCUCCUUAUGACAUUUAAUUACCAGUGUGUUGCAGAAAUUUGUUCUGAGGGACUUAUAAACAGCAGUGAAGGGCUUAUAGCUUUCAUGAAUGUCCGAUCUAAGUGAUUUAUUACAUCUUUGAAUAACAAUAAAUAUAUUUUUUUAUUUUCAAGUUACAUUCUUUACAUUUUCUAGUUCUAGUCAAUUCUGUGUUAUCUAAAGGGAAAACAAUAGUUGAUUGCUGCUGAUGUCUUUCUUAUAAAUGAAUUAUCUUCUUUGUUCUCAUUACUGGUUUGACAGAAACGGAAAAUACUUCAAAAAUGGUUACACAUUUUGAAAGUCAAAGAUAUUGUCCAAGUACUCAAUCCAAAGAAUGACUGAGUAUUAAAGUACUGAAGUCGAUAUUUGUUGCCAUUCCUAGUUACAACUGUCACGGGUAUAUCAUUAUAUUUAUUUAUUGCCAUCAUAGCUUUCUUGUUGUAAAUACAGCUUAUUAAUGUUCUUUUGAAAUGUAGUUCUGUAUAAAUUAAGUUUUUGAAUAAAGUCUUAUAAUUUACUAUAAUCAUUUAAGUCUUGUUACAUCCUUUACUUCUAUCUUACUUGACAACAUGUUUCCAGUGUAAUGUGUGACCACUGGCUUAGCUCAAUAGAGAGUACCGUAUAAGUACUUAUUUCUGCGGGCUUAAUAUUCUGCGAUUUUUAGCUCGACUAUUCGAAGAAUAUGAGAGCUAUUGUAGUCGCCCCGGCGUCGGCGUCAGCGUCCGCGUCGGCGUUGGUUAAAGUUUUUUGAAAAUUCAAAUAUCUCAAUUAUUGCUUGAGAUAUUCAAUUGAAACUUACAAUACUUAUUUAUAGUAACAAUGUACAUCAGGUUGACAAGUUGGAUAACUCUGCCUACAAUAUUGACAGAAUUAUGCCCCUUUUUUAACUUAGAAAUUUUGGUUAAAGUUUUUUGUAAAUUCAGAUAUCUCAAUUAUUGCUUGAGAUAUUCAAUUGAAACUUACAAUACUUAUUUAUAGUAACAAUGUACAUCAGAUUGACAAGUUGGACAACUCUGUCUACAAUAUUUACAGAAUUAUGCCCCUUUUUAACUUAGAAAGUUUGGUUAAAGUUUUUUGUAAAUUCAAAUAUCUCAAUUAUUACUUGAGAUAUUCAGUUGAAACUUACAAUACUUAUUUAUAGUAACAAUGUACAUCAGAUUGACAAGUUGGAUAACUCUACCUAUAAUAUUUACAGAAUAAUGCCCCUUUAUAACUUAGAAAUUUUGGUUAAAGUUUUUUUGUAAAGUCAAAUAUCUCAAUUAUUGCUUGAGAUAUUCAAUUGAAAUUUACAAUACUUUUUUAUAGUAACAAUGUACAUCAGUUUGCAAAAUUGCAUAACUCUGUCUGCAAUAUUUGCAGAGUUAUUUGCCCCUUUGAAACUUAGAAAUUUUGGUUAAAGGUUAAAGGUCUUCAAAGAUAUUUACUUGAAACUUUACACAUGUACUUAGGGUCAUAAUUGGAGAGUCAUAAUUGUAUGUCACUGACCAAGUUCCAUAACUCUAUUGCAUUAAGGCUGAUUCAUCUCCCCUUUUCUACUUAGUCUCUUGGUUAAUGUUUACAUGCAAAUUUUACAUAUCUCAAUAAGUAUUAAAGAUAUUUAUUUAAAACUUCACAUAUGCAUUUAGAAUUUAAUUGUAGGUCACUGACCAAGAUCUAUCUUGCAUUUAGGCUGAUUUUUCUCCCCUUUUUCAACUUAGAAAUUCGUGGAAAAGUUUUGCUUGUAAGCCGCCUGUUAUCUCCA